AUGUACGGCAGGAAGUUCAUGAUUAUCACAGAUCAUAAGCCAUUGAUAAGUUUGAUCCAUGAGCUGAAGGCUGUCCCUCAGAUGGCGUCACAGAGGAUCAUGCGAUGGGCGGUGUUAUUAAGAGCCUAUGAGUAUGUCAUUAAAUACAGAGAAGGCAAAAAUAACAGUAAUGCUGAUGGUCUGAGUCGUCUCCCUCUUCCAGAGAACCUCCCUAAAGAGGUGGCAGCUGAGGACCAAGUGUUGAUGGUAGAUCAGGACCAUGAGGGCGUGAUGACAUCUGAGCAGCUGCAAAGAUGGACAACCAAAGAUCCCAUACUCUCCAGAGUGCGUGAGUAUGCUUUGAGAGGAUGGCCCACUACACAGCAUCCUAAUUUUCAGCCCUACAAACAGAGACAACAGGAGCUGAGUGUGCAGGAUGGGUGUGUGCUGUGGGGGGCGAGGGUGGUGAUACCAGAACGAGGUCGACGCCCCCUUUUGGAACAGCUACAUCAGUCACACCCAGGAAUGAGCCGCAUGAAGGGCCUGGCCAGAAGCUACAUGUGGUGGCCGCAUAUGGAGAAUGACAUUGAAGACAAGGUGAGGUCCUGCAGUACAUGUCAAGAACAUAGACACAGGCCGGAAGAGGCACCACUACACCCCUGGGAGUGGCCAGAAAAGCCCUGGAGAAGGAUACAUAUUGAUUAUGCGGGCCCGUUUUUGGGUAAAAUGUUCUUAGUAAUAGUGGACGCCCACUCCAAAUGGUUAAAUGUGUAUCCAGUUCCAUCCGCUACAGCAGCUGCAACCAUAGACUGCCUGAGAAACUGUUUCAGCACGCACGGCCUUCCUGAGAUGUUGGUCUCAGAUAAUGCCCAGUGUUUUGUAAGUGCACAAACUAAAGAGUUCAUGGCAAAGAACGGAAUCACUCACGUCACCUCCGCUCCAUAUCACCCAGCAUCCAAUGGGUUAGCAGAAAGAGCAGUGCAAACGUUCAAAGAACUCAUGAAAAAGAGUACUGGAGACACACUGACAACCAAGUUAAACAGGGCUCUGUUUAGUUACAGAAUCACACCACAGUCCACAACAGGGAAGUCUCCUGCUGAGUUGAUGAUGGGCCAGAAGUUGAGGUGUACUCUUGAUCUCAUACACCCUGACUUGAAACAGAAAGUGACAGCAAAACAAGAUAGCCAAAGACUAGGACCCAAAUGGAUACCAGGACUUAUACAGGAGAUGACGGGGCCUGUUUCCUACUUGGUGAUGCUGGGCAAUGGGACAGUGGUGAGGCGUCACGUCAAUCAGCUGUUUGCCCGCCUGGAGCUGUGCCUGGCAGCAGGAAUGCCUGAAGGCCACCCAGGCGAGCCCCCAAAAGCAGCCCCAAACAUCAGCGCUGAGACAGGAGACGAGGAUGAGAGACACAUGGAGGGGGCCGGCCUGGAGGUCGAUAACGCAAAAGUCCAAAGAACAGUUCUGGAGGCUGACCGCGGAGCCAGUGGCGGUGACGGAGCAGGUCAUGAGGCCGGCCACGACAGCAAUGAUGUCCAGCCAACGACCUGGAAAGUGGCCGGACAGGACGAGGACGAGCAGGCCGGACAGGAACAGGCGACGGCGUGGGAGCCGCAGAUGGUGGUGCUGCAGGCAACGGCGUGGGAGCCGCAGAUGGUGGCGCUGCAGGCGACGAAGACUGGACAGGCCUCGCAGACCCUCCAGCGGAGACAGAAGGCUGAACAGGCCCCUCGGGCCCUCCAGCGGAGACAGAAGGCUAAACGGGCCCCUCGGGCCAGGAGACGGCUGGAGCGGUUCUCCAGAACCCCCAGCAGGAACAACAGACAAAGGCCGGACGGGCCCCUCGGAUUCUCCAGCAGGAACAGGUGGCUGGACAGGCUCCUUGGGCCCUCCAGCGGAGACAGAAGGCUGAACCUGGCUGGACCUCAGCCUCCCUCACCUGAAGCACUGAAACAGGUGCAGGGGAAUGCUGGGCCCGAUCUGCCCUGGGAGCAGGAACACAACGGGGCGAAGGAGCAGGCUCAGGAAACACAAACUCCUCUAAAAUGUUUUUUAGCUUCCUACCACCACCACGUCUAA